UUUUAUACUCUUUGAAUUGAAGGCAAAUGAUAGCUAUCUGUCAAAAUCAAGUCAAAAUCGUAAAAAAAUAAAAAGGAUUGGGGCUUGAUACACGAUGACUCUGAUCGAGGGUGUGGGAGAUGAGGUGGUGCAGUUUGUGAUAUCUGUGCUCUUAGUUAUAGUAGGCAUCCUAGCAUGGUGGUCAACAAAUGCUCAUCCAAACCGAUACCGGCCCGUUAUGAUGAUGAGAACUCGUACCAAUCAACCAUUAGCUGCCAUCACCUUGAGAUCAAGGACAAAUUACUUACGGGCCACCAGAACUAUAAGGACUGUUUCAUCAAGUGCUCGGAGCUCAUUGGUCGAGUCCCGCAGAGGUUUCUCCAGAGUCAUACCUCUGCUGGAAAUGGAUAGUAUCAUUGAUGCGGACAUGGCUGUACUCGACAAUAAUCGCUUGCAUUUCUAUAGGAAUAUUGAUUCAACUUCCAAUAAUACCCAACGACCUGUAGAGACUCAAGAACAAGAAACGGAGACUGCGGUGAACGAUUCUGCAGAAAAUAUAACCGCAGUAAAUACAAGUGAGAAUGUUGAUGCAGAAAAUGAUAGUGGAAAUGCAACCGCUGUGGUUGAAGGCAGUGAAAAUGCACCUGCAGAUAAUAUAAUUGCAGAAAGAGAUAGAAGAAAAAUACUUAUCAAGUUAAAGUAUUUGAAUGAUACUUUAAAAGAGGUUGAAGGUAGCCUUGAUGAACUGUUGAAGGAUUUCAAAUGGCGGCACUUCUCCGCGGAGCUGUCAGCGGAGAGCCGCGUGCGGCUGAUCUUCAACGGGCGCGUGCUGCUGGAGGAGGCGGCCACGCUGGAGGCGUGCGGCCUGCACCACCGCGCCGUCGUGCACUGCCUCGUGCACCCCAACAGGAACAACACACAGCAACGAGCCGCGGCGGAGGAGGAAAAAUGUGAGUAUUCUAACAUGUUUACUGCGAGCGCCAGCGUGGCUCUGUUCGGUCUGACUGUGUUCUACAGCGUGGCGAUAUUCGGCCUCUACCUCUCCGACACCUUCCACGUGGAGAGACGCAACCAGGACGCGCCCCUGCCCCCCAACUAA